AGACACAUCAUUCACGAGGCGCUCGCCAAUCACGACUCCUCCUCCUUCUCCUUCUCCAUCUCCUCUUCUUCUUCCUCUCUUUGAACCGUCUCUUCGCUUCCAUUCCCUUUUUUCUUCUUCGAGAGCGACCCUGGAGACGUUGAGAAGAGGUAUAUAGCCAGGCGAGAAGGUAACAAGGCAAGCAAACCCUUGCCCAUGGAUUCUUUACUGCUUUCCGACUCCAUCGUUUGCCCAAGGCUUGCGUCCUCAUCUCGCCCCAUGCUUGCCGUCGCAUCCCGAUGCACUGUGGCCCUGUCGAUGAUCCGGCCUCCAUCUGUCGUCGGAUUGAGCUCCGUUUUGCCUCGCCGGCCGCCUUCGUGUGUGGCCCGUGCUGGGGCUUUGAUGACUGGUAGCCCUGUCUCUCGCAAUGGUUCUGCCUUUACAGUACGUGAUUUUAUGACAAAGAAGGAAAAUCUUGUUGUAGUGAAGCCGACAACUAGUAUUGAUGAAGCAUUGCAGAUGUUAGUGGAGAAUAGAAUCACUGGUUUUCCUGUCAUUGAUGAUGACUGGACACUGGUUGGUGUAGUUUCUGAUUAUGAUUUGUUAGCAUUAGACUCCAUCUCAGGUAAUGGACGGGCUGAUACAGGCUUGUUUCCUGAGGUUGAUAGCACUUGGAAAACAUUUAAUGAGAUUCGGAAACUUCUUAGCAAAACUUAUGGUAAAGUCAUUGGCGAUGUGAUGACCACCAAUCCUUUGGUAGUUCAUGAGACAAUGAAUCUUGAGGACGCAGCCAGAUUAUUACUUCAAACUAAAUACCGUAGACUUCCCGUGGUUGAUGGUGCUGGCAAAUUGGUUGGACUUAUAACAAGGGGAACUGUAGUUAGAGCAGCGCUUCACAUACAGCGCGGAAGUUCCCAAACAUAGGCUGUGAUGCAGUCUUCAGCAGUCGAUGUUCGCGAUUACAUAGAGAAAUACCAUAGUAUUAUUCAACAGGCCAAGAUAUCAUUUAAUCCAAUUAAUAUGUAGCUUUCUCAAACAAGCGGAGCCAUUCUGUUUAUUUUCUCGGUUACUAUUAAGACCUCUCCAUUGAAAUAGUGUGUAUAUGGUAUAGUUUACUUAGGAACUUGUUUCUUUACCUUAUUUUUGGAUGUAUUCUAUGUUCAGCUUCAAUUUACAGAAUGGAAUUGAUUAGGAAUUGUCUUUAAGGUGCUUCUAGUUAUUUGUAGAAAAAUGAUGUGCUUUCAGAAUAUAUUUUCGUAACCAAUUGCGAAGUUACUACAGUGAUUGAUUUCA